GCGGCGUUCCAAAAGUAGCUUUCUGAGACUUUUGAUAAAUUAAACACCAGUUCCAAUGAAACUGUUUACGUUUACCCUAGUGCUGAGCUUGCUGGCUUUUGUAUCCUUGAGUCAAGCCCAAGACGAUGCCAUAAACUGGGAUGAAGUCAUAAAGUGCGCCAAGGUGGGCACCAAAGUGGUUGCCACCCUUGUCAGGACAUACAUUCCGGAUCUGCGAAUAUAUCUGAACUGCAUUGACUACACUCCGCCACCAAAUCCAACGAAUUCCCUAUAUGGAUACGUUAGAGCAGCUUUCGAGCUUUUGAAGCGCAGCGUCGAGGGGAAUAUUCAGUGUCUGGUAACUCCUAUACAGAAAGGCAUAAAUGUCUUGAAGCCUAGUAUCGCCAAGCUUGAGGAAUUUAAAUGUAUCCCUAAAUAAGGUUAAAUUUAUUGUCAAUGUCGAAAUAAAGUUUAGAGCAGCUUGCAGUAAAGGCAGCAAGUUUAAAAA